AUGGAGUAUUACGUUGGAGUUGAUGUUGGAACAGGAAGUGCUCGAGCUGCGUUAUACGAUUCUGAUGGGAAACUUAUUAAAUUAUCGACUUAUCAUAUUGAAACUUUCAAUAGCAUUCCAGAUUUUUAUGAACAGUCUUCGGAAGAUAUCUGGCAAGCUGUAAAGCGAGUUGUCAAGACAGUUGUCCACGAUACUCCAAAAAACCUAAUAAAAGGAAUAGGAUUUGCUGCAACAUGUUCACUGGUCCUUUGUGAUGAAAACGGACAACCGGUAACUGCCAGUUCAACUGGCGAUGACAAUCGUAAUGUUAUCCUUUGGCUGGACCACCGCGCUGAAGCAGAAGCUAAUUUCAUCAACAUGAUGGGCCACGACAUGCUAAAAUACGUUGGAGGAAAAGUGUCGUUAGAAAUGGAAAUCCCGAAGAUCAUGUGGGUGAAGAAAAACUUGCCCAAGUCAUGGAAUAGAGCGAAACUAAUUUUCGACUUGCCGGAUUUUUUGACUUGGAAAGCAACUGGCUGUGAGACGAGAUCAUUAUGCUCGCUGGUAUGCAAAUGGAAUUACCAGGCGAAUCCCGAAGGAGAGAAUGGCUGGUGCGAAGAUUUUCUUAACAAACUCGGACUUGCGUCUCUUAAAGACGAUAAUUGGAAACGAAUAGGACGUAAAGCACAGGCUCCUGGUGAACCAGUAGGUAAAGGUUUAUCAUCAAUAGCAGCGUCAGAGCUUGGAUUGAAUGAAGGAACGCCCGUUGGAACUUCAAUAAUAGACGCGCAUGCAGGCGGUCUUGGAAUGAUUGGUUGCUCGGCUCCAGGAGUGUCUGAGAGUUUUACUAGCAGACUUGGGCUCAUUUGUGGGACCUCAACUUGUCAUAUGGCAGUUAGCGAGAAAGCUAUCUUUGUUGGAGGAGUCUGGGGGCCUUAUUACAGUGCGAUGGCAUGUUCAACAAUAUCUUUCGGAUCUUCUUAAAUCCAUGGCCGAGCAAAAUAAUUACCCAGAUAUUUCUUUUCUUACAAAAGAUUUACACGUCUGGCCAGACUUUCAUGGCAACCGAUCACCACUGGCUGAUCCAACUUUACUGGGAAUGAUUUCCGGACUAUCUCUGUCUUCCAACGAAGAAGAUCUUGCACUUCUUUAUCUCUCUACUAUGCAAGCUCUCACAUAUGGUACUAAACACAUUCUAGAAGCCUUAACACAAGCGGGUCAUAAAAUAGAAUCGAUUUUAAUAUGCGGUGGUCUUAGUCAGAAUCCAUUAUUCGUUCAAAUCCAAGCUGAUGUUCUUGGACUUCCGAUUCUUAUUCCUAAAGAACGAGAAUCUGUUCUGUUAGGUGCUGCUAUUCUGGGCUCUUGUGCCGCAAAAUCAUUCCCGUCUGUCAAUAAAGCCAUCAGAGCUAUGGCGGGCUCUGUUAAUAUUGUUAAGCCCAAAGUUAUUUCUUAUCAGUAUCACUUAAGAAAGUACAAAGUUUAUAAAAAAAUGGUUGACGAUCAACGUGAAUACAGAAAAAUAAUGAAUGAAACAAUAUAG